GGAGGCACACGGGGAAGGUGGUACCUGGGGCAGGUGCUGCUGCUGCUUCUGCUGGUGGUGGUGGUGGUGGUGGUGUUGGCAGUGGCGGUUUGCAGCAGCGACAGAGAAGGCAGUGGAGGGAGGGGGGUGUGGCACAUGGGAGAAGGGCAUGGGGAGGGGAGGAGAGUCAGGGGAGGGUGAGCAAGGUGGGGGCAGUGAGGAGGUGUGUGAGGCGAGUGCAGACUCACAUAGAGGAAGGGGAGGAUGAGGGUGAGGACGAGGGGGAGGAUGAGGAUGAUGAGGAGGUGGCAUUCACCUUCUCUAGUUGGAGGGCGGCUCAGCUGCUGCGAGUGCAGCUGCUGCUGUGA